AUGGGUCUUGUCAACAUCCCAACAAUUAUCGUGGCCGGCGUCGCCAGCGUUUUAUUAUAUGCCAUCUUCGGCCAGCCGAAGCUGAGAAGGAACGGCAUCCCGCGUCCGCCGAAUACCCUGCCGUUAGCCGGCAAUGGGAUCAUCUUCCUCAGAGACCGCCAGAAGCUCUUUGAGUGGUUCACCAAGUGUGAACAACUCUAUGGCUACGAGACGCUGCAGAUAUCAGUCCCGAGUCUGCCUCCUGGUGUAAUCAUCAGUGACCCCAAGAAUCUUGAAUACGUAUUCAAGCACGAGGGCAUCUUUGCCAAGGGCGAGUUUUUCAAAGGACGGUCCAGGGACUUAUUUGGCAAUGGCAUCAUCAACGUCGAUGGUGAGCUUUGGAAGGUCCAGAGGAAGGCUGGGUUAAACUUCCUCAACACUUCAAAUCUGCGGGUUCUCACCGACGUUGCUUUGCCUCAGUAUUUAUCCCAAAGCGUGACCUUUUUGAACAGCACGGCUGCUAGUGGUGAGGCGAUUGAUUUGCAAGGCGUUUUCCACGAGAUCACCACUCAGCUCAUGGGCAAGAUGGCUUACAAUAUGGAAAUGCACGCCGCAGAUGAGUUUGGUAUGGCAUUUGACUUCGCAUCUGGCGCAACCGCAGAGAGGUUCCAAAACCCACUUUGGUUCAUCACCGAACUUGUCACCGGUACGCGGCUGCGGAAGUCCAUCUCCCUGGUCAAGUCCUUCGGCCAGAGAAUCGUCUCAAGCGCAACCAAGGACAGAAAGACGCGAACCGGGAAGCCAGCGAGCAGUACAACACCGAAAGACGAGGCUAGUGAAAGGCUCGAUGAUAUCUCGGGGAGUCUGGUGCAAUCAUUGCUGGAUGCGAUCGGAGAUGAACAGCUCGUCGCGGACGCGGCGCUCAACUACCUCUCGGCGGGCAGAGAUACCACUGCUCAAGCCCUCACCUGGACCUUCUACCUCUUGAUGCAGCACCCUGAUGUGGUUAUCCAGAUCCGAGAUGAGGUGGACCGAGUCACGGCGGAUAGUGACGAGACCCUCGAGAAGACCAUUUCCGAGCAGUGCAACCCGACGACGACGCCGUAUACCUUCGCCGUCUUCUGCGAGGCCCUGCGCAUCUUCCCGCCGAUACCGUUCGAGAUCAAGCAAGCCGUCCAGGCGACCACGCUGCCGGACGGCACUUUUCUCCCCCAGGACUCCGUCGUCGUAUGGUGUAACUGGGCGAUGAAUCGAUCUCGGAUCACCUGGGGCCAGGAUGCCGACCAGUUCCGUCCCGACAGGUGGAUCGUCGAUGGCAAGGUGGUCAACAAGAGCACGUCGGAAUUCCCUGUGUUCAAUGGAGGGCCGAGAACGUGUCUGGGCAAGAAGAUGGCCGAGGUCAUUGCCGUCCAGGUCAUCGCCACCGUCACGGCCCUAUUCGACUGUGUGAGGGUCGAUGACGCCGAACGAGUCAGCAAGAGUAGCCUCACCCUACCGAUGAAGGACGGGAUGCCGUGUAUGGUUCGCGCCAGGCAGGGGGCGACGAGAUAA